AUGCCAGCAGUCAAGAUGGCGGAAGCAGCAGCAGCACUGGCCCCGAUGACAUCUGUGGAAGUGCGGCACCCAGUUCCCUGCCCUCGCCUGGCUCAGAGCUUCUCCAGCAGGACGGGCAAGUGGGACAAGGACCUGGGGGCUCCAGGGGACACCAUCACCACUGACCCAGGAUACAUGAGAGGCCAUGGAACAUACCUGGGAGAAGAGAAGCUCAUUGCCUCUGUGGCUGGUGUUGUGGACAGGGUGAACAAGCUGGUCUGUGUGAAAACUUUGAAAACAAGAUACAAUGGCAAAGUCAGUGAUAUUGUGGUUGGACGAAUCACAGAGGUUCAGCAGAAACAGUGGAAAGUCGAGACCAAUUCCAGGCUGGAUUCUGUCUUGCUCCUUUCAUCCAUGAAUCUUCCAGGAGGGGAGCUGAGGCGGAGAUCAGCAGAGGAUGAACUGGCAAUGCGAGAUUACCUGCAGGAAGGGGACCUUAUCGGUGCAGAAGUCCAAGCGGUGAUCUCUGAUGGGGCUGUAUCGCUGCACACACGGAGUCUGAAAUACAGAAAGCUUGGCUAAGGUGUGCUCAUCCAGGUGUCCCCUUCCCUCGUGAAGCAGCAGAAGACCCAUUUCUAUUAUUUUUAUUGUGGGGCUUCCGUUAUCCUAGGCAACAAUGGGUUCAUCUGGAUCUACCCAAUACUCAAACAGAAGAAUGAGGAGACUGGGGCAUUCAUCACGAACCUAGAGCCAGUGCCCUUGCCUGACCGUGAAGUGAUUUCCCGACUCCAGAACUGUGUUGUGGCUCUGGCAGAGCAGAAACUGAUGCUCUAUGACACCAGCAUCCUCUACUGCUACGAGGCCUCCCUUUCUCCUGAGAUCAAGGACCUUCUCAAGCCAGAGGUGAUGGAGAAGAUUGUGCUGAAGACGCGUCAGAGACUGCUGGAAGUGGAGGGGUGA